UGUAAAAGGAAACCAUGGAAUAUCAAAAGUGAAAGUAUGGAAAGAAAAACUGGUCAAAACAUCAUGUGAUUGUCAGGUGACUAAUACUGGUUUUAACAGGAACACAUUGGCUUUUGGUUACUUUCUGUGAACCAAACUUCGUGAAUGGCAAACAUGGAAAUCAUACAGACAUUAAUAUUAAUACUUCUGCUUCCUCCUCAGAUCACUAUGUGGACAGAGUACCAGACAGUUAAUAUCCUGGCCUACACAAGGAUGAUGGAAAAUGGCACCAUAGACCAGGCAGUGGUUGUUUUGGUGAAUGAAGCCACAUUUGCAUACUUUGACCAGGCAAAAAAUACAUUUGUCUUGCGUCCCAGUGCAAGCGCCGGGUUCUCAGUUUUAGAAGACCGCGAUCAGUCGUUCUGCAUGAAUGAGGUGUUAGCAGGAUUUUAUGCACAAACUGAUUACCUGGAGAAACUCAAACAAGAAACAAAUUCAUCGAAAGCACUUUUGGAACGUCCUUCCGUCAAUGUGUAUACUAAAUUUACUGAAGAACAAGGAAAAGUAAAUGUCCUUUACUGCUAUGCCACUGGGUUUAACCCUGGUGACAUUGAAAUAAACUUUUAUCUAAAUGGCCAAAAUUCCACUGUGAAAGCAGAGACCUCUGACUUAGUGUAUGGGGAAGACUGGACCUUCAAAGUGUACAAGUGUAUGAAUAUCACCCCACAAUAUGGGGACGUGUACACAUGUGAAGUGAGACACAGUAGUUUGGCUGAACCUAAAAUGACAGAGUGGAGGCCUGAAUUUUCAGCAUCCACAUCACAUCUCUACUGGGCUUACGCACUACUUCUUGGCAUCCUGUUGGGAAUCAUGGUAUCUGUCCUGAUUUUAAGAAGAGAACAGCAUUCUCAAUUAUAAUGGGGGAAAACGGAACUGCAGUACAUUGUGGCUUAUAGAUGAGAACAGUAGGCUAUCAUUUAUUUAGAUAGAAUCCAUUACAAUCUAUAAUUUAAUCUUUAUUCUGUAAAUCCAUGUUUGGCAAUUUUAUGC